GUUUUAUACAACACAGACACAAACAUGAAUGUUACAGACACAGUGUGCCUAUUGCAGCAAUCAGAAGUUAACAACUCUGCUGUCACAGACAAUUGUUCGUGUCUGUGCGAGAAACUGUGGACCUUUUUGUCAGCAGCUCCACCAGAGGUUGUAAAUCUAACGGUGGAAGAAAAAGUUGACAUUAUCGUUCAAGAACUGACUGUAGACAAGAAAAAUACAACCCUAAAUCAACGGAAGUACGUGAGCGUGAUGGAUUAUAGAACAAGCUCGAUGAGUCUUGGAAUUGUUGCUGGAGUAAUCAUAUUGUCUGUUAUAGGGGUAAUUAUCAUAAUAGAUUUGUCGACAAUUUGGACUGAAAUAAGCAAUUUCUUAAUCAAGAUGUUUAAAGUGUUGAAACCGCCGAAAAGUCGUAUUAAAACUCCAAUUGAUGGGCAUGCAGGAAAAGAAGAUGUGACGCCUAAUGUUGCCGCUGAGGACUUUGGUAACAGAGAGAAAAAUACAGAAAACUCUGAAAACACAUCUACAAACAAUAUCAGUGGGGUAGGGUGGUUUCUAAGGGAACGACUUGUGUACAGAGGAAUAGCGUUAGAAAAUACAAAACUUGAAUUAGCUUCCUCAGAGACCAAUAACAAAAACACAAGGAUGUCAACUCAUUCAGCUUUAACGAGUGAAGUGUGAUACUUAUACUGAUACAUAAUCAUUUAGCGUUUUAAGGAUAUGGACCAAUAAUGGACACUUGGUGAACGCACACAAAGCUUUCCGUAAUAAAUCUUAUACUUAGAAUACUUAAUUUGAUUGUUGUUAGGAAUUCAUUACAUUAAACAUGAGAUGAACAUCUUCAUUUCAUCUCAAGUAACUAGUAGCUGUUAUCCUACGGAAGGCACAUAUCUAUGCCGUUACACGCCAGAAGGCUCAUAUCUAUGCCGUUACACGGUGGAAGUCUCAUUUCUAUGCCGUUACACGCCGGAAGGCUCAUAUCUAUGUCGUUACACGCCGGAAGGCACAUAUCUAUGCCGUUACACGCCGGAAGCCUAAUAUUUAUGCCGUUACACGCCGGAAGGCUCAUAUCUAUGCCGUUACACGCCUGCAGGCACAUACCUAUGCCGUUACAGAAUCAAAGGACAAAGUUGACUUAAGCUUUAUAUGGCCCAUGCAAUUUUGAAAAUUUUCAAACUGGCUAAAAUUUGAAAAAACUAUAUAUUGUUUACUUCCAGAGGGAAUUAAGUUUUUUAUAAACAGAAUUAUUACUUUGCUCAAGACAUAUCACUGAAUAUUGCUGAAAUUGCAGAUUUUUAAGAAAAUGGGCAUUUUUUGCCAUAUUUUAUGUCACACAGGAAUAUUUUUAGUAGUGAGCACACUCAAGGACCACAAAAAUAUUUUGACCCUAGGUCCAGCUUCUUUCACAGAAUAUAUGGUCAUUUUUAUUGUGGUCGACAGCUGUGCUCGUAGUGAAAAUUUCAGAUUUGUUUAAAACUUCUGUUAAAAUGUGAAGGUUUCCCAUACCCAUAAUGGUACACGUAUUUUCAGUUAUGUGAAAUAUUUUCUUCUAUAAUGAAUAUUUUAUAAAUAAUUUCGUGCAAUAUGAUAAAAGAAUACUUCUUGAUGAAAGAAAACAUGUUCUUAAGUCCAUUUAGAAACUUUCAGUUUUUAGGCCAAUUUGAGGCAAAAGUGAACCUUCUCCUUUGUUGGCAAUGAGGGCGAAAUCUGACCAUAAUGUCCGCAAUAAUGGAG